AUGAGUGUUCCACCAACUGCGUCAUUCUUACCUUAUACUAGCCUUAGUGAACUCUCUCUUGAUGUUCGUUUAUCAUUCAUUUUUACCUUGGACACACUACCCAUUCGACAACGACAGGCUGCUGCUCUUCCUAUCUUUCGACUAGAAAUCUGGGCCGGAUCCCAAAAUCAUCAGGCUACCGCUUACCGAUGGAUAGAUCUUACUAGCAUUAAUGGCCGUAAUGCCUCAUCAGUAUCAUGUGUUCACGAGUUAUCCUGUUUCGCUCUGCUCACUGAUUGGACAGAUGACAUUUGUCCAUUCUAUUUGUACCCAUUUGCCGCUCUCUGCAUGUUCUCGAUCAAGACGUCUGUACUGUCAGGUAACUCCAAAGCUUGGACACUAGUGCUUAAGUUGGGUGUGAUUUCUUCACAAGUGCCUGUUACGAUAGAAAUCACAUCAACUCUGCACUUUUUAUCUUUUUGA